CACCCCUUAUCCUUCUUGUUCGAGACAUGGGUGUGCAGUGAUUUGCUUUUGGGGGAUAAAACCCACAGUUUGGGAGUGGAGAGGGAUAUUACAGAGCAGGAUGGCCUGGAGUAAGGUACCUCUGCUCUUGCAUGGAUUUCUCCUGCUGGUUCUGUGUAAACCCUCCCUUCAAGGAGGAAUUUAUAUACCAGCUGGUGCAGGGGGAGGAACUGGAGCUGGUUUAGGGGGUGGCCUUGGAACUGGAGCUGGACUUGGUGCUGGAACAGGUCCGGGAGGAGUUGGAACAGGAUUAGGUCCGGGUGGUCUUGGAAUAGGGCCAGGAACUGGAAUCAGACCUGGAACUGGAGUUGGAGGAAUACCUGGUUUCAAACCAGGAAAGACAGGAGGCUUUGGAGUAGGCGGUGCUUGGGGGCAAGGUGCUGGACUGGGUGCUGGAGGCCUUGGGGGAGUUGGGCCUGGUGCUGGAGGUCUAGGGGGAGUUGGGCCUGGUGCUGGAGGUCUAGGGGGAGUUGGGCCUGGUGCUGGAGGUCUAGGGGGAGUUGGGCCCGGUGCUGGAGGUCUAGGGGGGAUUGGGCCUGGUGGUGCAGGGCUUGGUACAGGAGGACUUGGUACUGGUGGAUUAGGCACUGGAGGCCUUGGGACAGGGUCAUUCGUCAAGCCACCUAAAACAGGAGGAUAUGGAGGUCUAUCAGGAAUUGGACCAGGUGGUACAGGUGUUGGCCCUGGAUCACUUGCAACUGGUGGAGUUGGUCCUUCUGGCAUUGGUCCAGGAGGUAUAGGACCUGGUGGCAUAAGACCUGGUGGCAUUGGACCUGGUUCCAUAGGAACUGGACCAGGAAGUUUCGGACCUGGAGGAAUUGGUACUGGUGUUGGAACUGGAGGCCUUGGAGCAGGUGCUGGUGGCAAACCCCCAAAACCAGGUUAUGGGGGUAUUCCAAGCACUCUCGGAACUGGAGGUCUUGGUGGCCUUGGACUCAGGCCAGGGGGUGCUGGUUUAGUACCAGGUGGCUUUGGUGUUGGUCCUGGAGCUAGUGGUGUUGGCACAGGAAUAGCUGGACAAGGUGUGGGCACUGGUGUGGGAGGGUUUGGCCCUGGUGGAGCUGGUCCAAUAGGUGCUGGAAGAGGUGUGGGAGGAAAACCACCCAAAACAGGUUACGGAGGUCUUGGUGGUUAUGGCCCAGGAGGUGUCAGCACUGGAGGUAUUGUCCCUGGUGGCGUUGGACCAGGUGGCAUUUUCCCUGGUGGGGUUGGACCAGGUGGUGUCAGGCCAGGUGGCAUUGUCCCUGGUGGUGUUGGACCAGGUGGUGUUGGACCAGGUGGCAUUGGACCAGGUGGCAUUUUCCCUGGUGGUGUCGGACCAGGUGGUAUUGUCCCUGGUGGUGUUGGGCAAGGUGUCUGGAGUCCUGGAGCAGGCAGAAAACCUGGGAAACCAGGUUAUGGUGGGCCUGGGGGUUUUGGUGGCGGACCAUUUGGAACAGGAAGUCUUGGAGCAGGUGCUAUUCCACUUACACCUGGAGGUGCUGGAACAGGCUAUCCAUCAGGUGGUAGCUAUAGUGGAUAUGGUACUUAUCCUGGAGCUGGAACAACUGGUCAGAAACCACCAAAACCAGGAUUUGGACCUGGAGGUGUAGGAAUUGGUCCAGGUGGCACAGGACUUAGACCUGGGGGUGCGGGAGUUCUGCCUGGAGGUGCAGGAAUUGGACCAGGUGGUGUAGGAAUUGGUCCAGGCGGCACAGGAAUUGGUCCAGGUGGUGCAGGAAUUGGUCCAGGCGGCACAGGAAUUGGUCCAGGUGGUGCAGGAAUUGGUCCUGGUGGCACAGGAAUUGGACCAGGUGGAGCUGGAGUUGGGCCUGGAGGUGUAGGAAUUGGACCUGGUGGCACUGGAACUGGAAUUGGAGGAGCAGGAGUUGCACCUGGUGGAGCACCUUUUCUACCUCAAACUGGCUUACCAGGAUCUGGAACUGGGAUAGGUGCUGGGGGCAAAGUUGGAAAGAUUGGGAAGGCACCAGUGCCAGGUGUUGGGAUUCCUGGGCUAUACCAAGGGGGUAUAGUUCCUGGACAAGGUUUUGGAGGUAGAGGCGUUCUGCCAGGUGUAGCCACAGGAUCUCAAACUGGGCAGCUUGGUCAAGGUGCACUUGGAGCUAAUGGAGGUCGUGGAGGAUUUGGUCAACAAAUACCAGGCGUGUUCCGUGGAUAUCCUCUUAUAUCACCAAAGUCUGGAGGUACAAGCGCUGCUAAGUCUCAGGCUAAAGCUGCUAAGUACGGUCUCAGUGGUGGGCUUGGAGCUAUACCUGGUGCAGGUGGUGUUCCAGGCAUAGGCGGUGUUCCAGGUGCAGGUGGUGUUCCAGGCAUAGGCGGUGUUCCAGGUGCAGGUGGUGUUCCAGGUGUUGGAGUCAUUCCUGGAGCUGGUGGGGGAACUCCUGGUGUCCUAUAUCCGGGAGCUGGUGGUUUCUAUCCUGGGGGAGCUGGGGCAAAAGCUCGGAAGUAUGCUUCCGGGAUAGGAACUGGUGGAGUUCCUGUUUCUGGUUUGGGAGUGGGUGGCCUUGGAGCUGGAGGACUUCCUGGUUCUGGUUUGGGAGCGGGUGGCCUUGGAGCAGGAGGACUUCCUGGUUCUGGUUUGGGAGCGGGUGGCCUUGGAGCUGGAGGACUUCCUGGUUCUGGUUUGGGAGUUGGUGGACUUGGCACUGGUGGAAUCCCUGGAGUUGGUCCUGAAGGAUAUGCUGCAGCCAAAGCAAGAAAAUAUGCUCAGCUUGGACGUCCUGGUGGGACUUUAGGUACAGGAGGAUUGCCAGGUGGAGCAGCCGGUGUUGGACUUGGUGGACUACCUGGUGGAGGUCUUGGGAUUGGUGGACAACCUGGAGGCGGAGUUGGAGGGCUACCUGGAGGUGGACUUGGUGGAUUACCUGGUGGAGGUCUUGGGAUUGGUGGACAACCUGGAGGCGGAGUUGGAGGGCUACCUGGAGGUGGACUUGGUGGAUUACCUGGUGGAGUUGGUGGUCUACCUAGUGGUGGUGCUGGGGGACUUCCCGGCUCUGGAAAUGCAUAUGCAGAGGCAAAGGCUCGUAAAUAUGGUCUACUUGGUGGAGGUGCUGGUUUAGGCCCAGGCACUGGAUUAGCUGCAGGUAUUCCAGGUGGAUUACCAAGCACUGGUGUUAGACCAUUUGGGGCAGGGAUUAUACCAGGAACUGGGGCUGGACAAGGAGGGGUCCCUGGUGGGGGUUUUGGUCCAGGAGGUGUACCCGGUGGUGGGCUUGGACCUGGUAGUGUUCCUGGAAGUGCAUUUGGACCUGGAGGAUACGCUGGGGCCAAAGCUCGCAAAUACGGAUUGCCUGGAGGAUUAGGAGGGUCACUUGGUAGUGGAACAGUGUCAGGUGUUGGAGCUGCUGGAGGAACACCAGGUGGAGGAAUUGGACCUGGGGGGGCACCAAUUGGUGGUUAUGGACCAGGGGGAGCACCAAUCAGUGGCUACGGACCUGGAGGGGCACCUGUGGGUGGUUAUGGGCCAGGAGGAGUACCUGCUGGAGGAUAUGGACCUGGCUCUGGAGCAUAUCCAGGUGGACCAAAGGCCCUAAAAUAUGGUGCUGCUGCUAGUGGAGGAGCUCCGGGACUUGGUCUGCAGGGUCAGGUAGGAACUGGUCCAGCAGGAGGAUUUGGCACAGGGGCAUGGCCAGUUGGUGGUUAUGGUCCAGGGACUGUAGGAGGCCAGGGGUCUGGAUUACCUGGUGGUGCUGUCGGAGCAGGAAGCAGAGGAGGGCUUGGGCAUGGCUAUGGAACAGGUGCUGGAGGAUAUGGACCUGGAUCAAAAGCAGCUAAAUAUGGUUUACCUGGAUCUGGAGGUGUCUUGGGAGCAGGAGGUGUACCCGGAGCUGGAACAGGAUUGGUAGGAGGUACUGGCGUUCUGCCUGGAGGAGUUGGGACCGGUGUUGGAUAUGGAGGGUAUGGAGGAGCACAAAAACCACCUAAAUAUGGACAACCAGCUGGUGGGGCUGGAAGUGUGUUGGGCGGGUCGGUACCAGCAACUGGUGGAACUGGGGCCAUAGGAACAGGAAUCGGAACUGGUGGUGUAGGUGGGGCUGGAGGCACACCAGUUUCAGGGACUAAACCAGACAAAUAUGGCAUCAUAGGAGGAACAGUAAUUCCAGGAAGUACAGAUGCUACCGGCACAGAUCGUGGAGCAGGACCUAAACCUGGAGUUGAUGGAGUGAUUGGCAGUCCAGAUGGUGCAACCCGUGGUGCUGGAGAAGGUGGAACAAAAGCUCCCAAGACUGAAUCUGGCGGACAAAUAGAGGGAUCAGGUGGACUUGAUGGGGUUGGUGGGACAGGAAUACCCAUUUUAGCUGGAGAAAAACCAGGUAUCACUGGAACUGUACCAGGUGGAACGGGAGUGCCACGACCCGACGGAGUUGGCGAUAGCGGAACACUUCCAGGAGCCAAACCACUAAAGCCCCCAGUCAUUGGAGGUGGAGCCAUUGCUGGACGUGGAGAUACCCCAGGCAUUAUUGAAGGAGGACCUGGAAGUGUAGGCAGUGGUGUAGGUGGGGUUGGUGGAGUUCCAGGUGGAGUUGGUGGAGUUCCAGGAGGAGUUGGUGGAGUUCCAGGUGGAGUUGGUGGAGUUCCAGGAGGAGCUGGUGGAGUUGGUGGAGUUGGUGGAGUUCCAGGAGGAGUUGGUGGAGUUCCAGGAGGAGCUGGUGGAGUUGGUGGAGUUCCAGGUGGAGUUGGUGGAGUUCCAGGAGGAGUUGGUGGAGUUCCAGGAGGAGUUGGUGGAGUUCCAGGUGGAGUUGGUGGAGUUCCAGGUGGAGUUGGUGGAGUUCCAGGUGGAGUUGGUGGAGUUCCAGGAGGAGUUGGUGGAGUUGGAGGAGGAGUUAAACCCCCUAAAGUUUACAGCGGUACAGGUGGAACUGGAGCUCUAGGAGUUGGGGGUUUAGGUGGACUGGGUCCAGCUGGAACAGGAGGAGCUGGACUUCUGCCUGGAGGCGGUGGUUUACUACCAGGAGGUUAUGGAGGAGCUGGAGGUUUAGGAGCCGGAGGCAUCCUACCAGGGACUGGCCUCAGGUUCCCCAGUGGGGCUGCAGUGGGCAGCAAACAAGGAAAAGUUUAUGGGGCAGCAGGCACACUUGGUGGGUAUGGAGGCCCAGGCGGAUAUGGAACAGGACCCGGUGGUUAUGGUGGUGGCCCGGGCAGUGCUGGGGGACUUGGAGGGCCUGGAAUUGGUGGGCUUGGUUAUGGUUAUGGUCCUGGCGCGGUAAAACCACCUAAAAGCUAUGGAGGAACUGGAACAUUAGGUGGGGCUGGAAGAGGAGGUGUUGGUGGAGGUCUUGGUGGUGGUCUAGGAGCAGGAACAGGAGGUGUUGGUGGAGGUCCUGGAGGAGUUGGAGGGCUGGGUGGAGGUUUAGGUGCCAGAUAUCCAGGUGGUGGCCUGGGAGCUGGAGCUUUGAAACCUGGGAAAUCAGGGUAUGGAGGUUUAGGUGCAGCUGGAGGUGUGGGAGGUCUUGGAGGAGCAGGUGGAGGUCUCGGAGGAGGUGCUGGAAGCCCAGUAGGAACUGGCUUUGGCACGGGUGCACUGGGUGGUCAAGGCUAUCAGCCAGGUUACGGUGGCACUGGUGCAGGGGGACCUGGAAGUGCUCCACUUACACCUCAGCAAUCAAAAGCAGCCAAAUAUGCAGCUCUUCAAGGCUUUCUAGGUGCUGGAGGCUACAGAGGGGGCGCAGGAUGCCAAGGCAAAUACUGCGGAAGAAGGAGGAAGUGAGAAACCAGCUGAUAAAAGUGACCUCAUAAACCAGUGGUGCUACUGCCUGAUCUCAAAUGCACUUUUUUACAGUUUAAAAGUGCCUCAUGUAAUAUGUGAGCGAUUUGGACUUACACUAAAUAAUUUUUCAGCCGUAUGAUUAGAUGUGAUGUGAACCAGGCACUCUUUGCACUGCCUAAACUCCCUUUACUUAUGUCACUUAAGUUUAAUAUGAUUGUUUGAUUUUUUAUCUUUUUUUUUCAACCAUUUUAUCAUUUAAUGUUAAAAUUCUGCAGUUCCAGCUGUGCAUCUUUUCUGGUUUUGCUGCAGUUGUUCACUUACACUUAGCUGUGUAUUUAGACACAUGCAAUCUAAGGACAUGUCGCUGCUAUUUGAGGCUGAACUGUGUCUCUGGGGAAAGCGGCGUCAUUAGGCUUCAUGUUCUGGCCACCUAUCAUAAAGUAAAGGGAACCUGUUUUCUUUCUAGCUGUAUGCACUAUAUGCAGUUCAUGAAUCCAUAUUUUGUUUUUUUUCCAGCAUCUUCGGUCAUUCAAAGCAUAGUCACAUGAAGGAACGGGAUCUAGGCUUACCAAUUUUAGUCUUAUAAGAACAAAAUGCUUGUCGUAACUGCAGUAGACAGCAUCUAAGUACUGAGGAUUAUAAGCUGUCUUCAACGAUACCUCAGGAACUUGAAGCGGUUUCUUUUCUAGUAUCCUGACCUUAGUAAAACCUUGUUUUUGUUUGUUUGUUUUAACGUAACUCUUAUUAAAUUAAAAUGUUGGGUUUUUAAGGAUAUCUAUGCAUUUAACCUAAUCGUUUUUUUUUUUUUUUUAAGCAUCGUGUGUUGUGAAUGUUGUAUAUGUGUUUGUAUAAGUGCAACUAUUCAAAUGUGACAUGAAAGUAUGAUAAAGGCAAUUCAUCUAGUGAAUCUUCUCGCAUUGUUUACCUUUGUUCUUCAUGUUUAUGCACUUGUACUUGUGAAACUCCAACACAUUUUUGUAUGACCUUUAAUUUUAUUUGGGCCUUUUAUCUAUCACAAAUUUCUGAAAAUAA